AUGCCAAACGAAGUCAAAGACAUCUACACCAAGGACGAAUCCUCGGCCUACAUCUUUGAGCAAAAUGUCACCGUCACGCUCAAAGAUGGCUCCGGCUUAGUUCGCGCCAAUGUGUACAGACCUAAGACGACAGAAAAGGUCCCAGUUCUAGUGACCUACGGUCCCUACGGCAAGGAUAUUCCCUACAAGGACUUCCACCCACAAAGUUUCAGCGAAGUCAACCCCGAGCACCGCUCUGAGCAUUCCGCAUGGGAGACUCCAGACCCUGCUUACUGGACCGCGCAGGGCUACGCAGUUGUGCGCGCCGAUGAGCGCGGAACAGGCCAGUCAAUGGGCAAGCUGGAUACCAUGUCCCGGGGAACAAGUGAGGCGUUCUUUGACGUUGUUGAAUGGGCCGCUGAACAGGAGUGGUCUUCUGGCAAAGUCGGACUCUUGGGAAUCAGUUAUUUCGCCGGAAGUCAGUGGCGCGUGGCCGCGAGGCAGCCGAAGGGUCUGGCGUGUAUGAUUCCGUGGGAGGGAAUGUCUGACUAUUACCGCGAUCGAUGCCGACAUGGUGGUAUUCUUUCGAACAAGUUUAUCAAGUUCUGGUGGGAUCGACAGGUUGUGAGUAACCAGUAUGGUCUGGGUGGACGUGCGGCUAGGAAUUGGGGUCCGGAUUCUCUUGAAGGAGAUCUGAGUGAGGAGGAGCUCAUCGCCAAUCGUCAGGAUCAGACAAUUGAUAAUGUUGAGAACCGGUUCCGGGAUGAUGAGUACUAUGCUUCGAAGGAGUAUAGUAUGUCGGACAUCACCGUGCCGUUGCUUAGUGUUGCGAACUGGGGUGGGAUUCUCCUUCACCUUCGAGGCAAUGUCGAAGGAUGGACCCAAGCUGGAUCAGAGCUAAAGUACCUCCGCUUCAUCACCGGCCGCCACGACCUCCCCUUCUAUUACGCCGAGGAAGUCGAAAUUCAGCGUAGCUUCCUCGACGCCUUCCUCAAAGGCGACGACCGUGAAGGCUGGUCAACAGGCAAAGCACCAAAGGUGGACAUCGUCCUCCGCAAGGGCGAUGUUGGUCACAACAACGCAGCUGGCGAGAAGACAUUCUCCCGCCGCAUCGAGCACGAAUGGCCCAUUGCUCGCACACAGUACACAAAGUAUCACCUCACAUCUUCCCGAGAGCUUACAACCAACCUACCAACUGAGCGACCGGUCAAGAUCACCUACAGUGCCCUCGGUGACCUCGAGAACCCCCAAGUCGUCCAAUUCACCACUCCCGCUUUUGAAAAAGAGACCGAAAUCACUGGCCACAUCGUCGCCCACCUGAACGUGUCAAUGAGCCCCCUGCCCGGCUCACCCACACCAAAAGACCUAGACCUCUUCAUCACUCUGCGCCACAUCGCACCCUCCGGGAAAGAAGUCUUCUACACUGGUACAGCUGGAGACCCAGUCCCUCUGUGCAAGGGCUGGCUGCGUGUUUCCAUGCGCCAGACGAACCCGGAGCACCCGCGUCACAGACACUAUCUUCCCUAUCGCGAAUAUCUCUCGACUGACGUGCGUCCUGUUAUUCCGGGAGAGAUCUAUCCGGUCGAUGUGGAGGUUUGGCCGACGAACGUAGUCGUUGAGAAGGGUGGAAAAAUUGUGUUGGAGGUUGCUAGUGGAGAUACGCAGGGGUCUGGAACUUUCCAGCACAAUUCGCCUGUUGAUCGGUCUGUUGAGCGGUUCCAGGGUCAGAAUCAUAUUCACUUUGGGCUUGGAGAAAACUAUGUUACGCUGCCCAUUAUUCCGUAA